AUGGGAAACGAAACAUCAGCUAUGUCACCUGAGUAGCAGGCAGAAAAUUAUUAUUUUAAUGGAGUAGAUAGAUUUCGUCCAUAGGUAUAUAAAUAUAAUAUGAGCGGAAGCGUUGUAGAUCGCUAAUAGCUAAAUGAAGAAUAAAUUUAAAAAGAGGCUGUUCAGGGUUCUGCUCGUUUUGGCAACGAGCAAGAAAAUGUUGAUCGUUUUAAAAAGGGAUAUAACGAAGGCAAUUUAAAUUAGGAUAUUCGUAGAGAAGAAUUUAAAAAUUCUAUUAAAUAUGUUCCAUAAGACUCAAUAAAAGAUAAGGAUUACAUAGAAUUCCCAAGAAUGACAUUAAUGAAAAGAGAGAUGGAAAGACAUUAUUAGUCCAACGAUGUGCAUAGCGUUUACUAAAAUUUGGAAGUUAAUCCAGAGUUGAUGAAAAGAAUUGAUAAGCACAUUAACAAAACCGAAGAUUAGCUAGAAAGAAUGGAUUAAGAAGAAAGAAAACACACCAUAUUAGAUUAAUUAGGACGUAUUGCCUACUUAGAAGAUAGAAUGGAACUUUUGUAAAAAGAAAUCAGCAACUAAGUAUUUCAUUUAAAAUACAAACAUAAAAAGACCCUCAAUUUUUAAGGCGACUACAACAAGCUCAGAGACGAAACAAUUGCACAUCAUGCAAGAAUAAACUAAUUUGAAGAACAAAAUAAAAUGAAAGAUUUAACAAAAGUGCAAGAAGAAAUGGAAAUGAAAGAAGAAGACAUUAGAUCUUUAGAGAAAGAAAUAGAGUCUUAUAAUGAUUAAAUAAAUUAUUGGAAACAAAAGGCCAGCAUUGAUGAUAACUGUAUAGCGAUCAUUACAAGUUUAAAAUUUAGAGCACAAGGAUUGAUUACAGAAAACAAAAGAUUAAAGGAUAUCCUUUACAAAGACGAGGAAUAUGCAGAUAUUAAAAAUGUUAUGUAUGAUAAUAAAUAAAUUUAACUUCAAUAAGAAAUUUUUGAGGAAACAGAUAAUUUGCUUAAGAAUUAUUACGAAUCUGUAACUUACGAUCGUACCUUUGAUGAUAAAAAGAAUGUAUCUAAGACUUAGAAUACUUCAAUUAAUACUAAAACAAUUAAAAAGAACUGA